GUUUUUGAAAUGGAAAAUUACAGUUGUUCAUUGGUACCCAAGAGGGGUUGGUUCCAGUAUUCCCAAAGAUACCAAAAAUUGAGGAUGCUCAAGUCCCUUAUGUAGAGGGGCACAUAUAACCUAUGCAAAUAGGUUAUACUGGAAAAUGUAACAUCUUCCAGUAUAUAUCUCCAGGUUACUUACAAUACCUAACACAAUGUAAGUGCUAUGAAAAUAGUUGUUAUAUUAUAAUUUUUAAAUUGUUGUACUAUUAUUUUUUUAUUCUUUUGGGGUUUUUCUUUUGUUUUGUUUUUUAGACAGAAUCUUGCUUUGUCACCGGGCUGGAGUGUCUACCUUCUAGGGUCAAGUGAUCCUCCUCCCUCAGCUUCCCAAGUAGCUGAGAUCACAGGCAUGCACCACUAUGCCUGACUAAUUUUUGCAUUUUUUUUUUUUUGGUAGAGAUGAGGUCUUGGUUGCCCACACUGGUCUCAAACUCCUGAGCUCAAGCAGCCCUUUCACCUCAGCCUCCCAAAGUCCUGAGAUUACAGGUGAGAGCUACCACACCUGGCCUUUUUCCAAAUAGUUGUAAUCAACCACUGGUUGGAUUCAUGGCCCCUGGAUAUGAAUAGUCAACUAUAUUACACGGUACGAACCUAGCUUUGAAAAUAGUGAGAUAUAUAUAUGAAAAUAAAUUAGAAUUCACUGGCAAAAGAUGAGGAGUUCUAAGAAAGGUGAAGACAAUGCACUAUCAAUACAGGAGGUCAGAGGAAGGGGAGAUCUGCCAGGCUGGGGCUUUCAGGAAUGCUUCACAAAGGAGGGACUGUCAGUGGACUUCAAUAAUUCACAGAGCAGGGUAAGAGCUGGAUAAGAGCUGGGAAUGCAAGGGGGGCUAAGCAGGAGGCAUGCAAGUCACAAAGUGGAGCAAUGGGAGAUGAUCUCAGGAAACAGCACUGCAUGUCAUGGAAUAUUUUACUUCCAGUUUUUCUGGCUUUUUCAGAAAAUGUAACUUUAAAGUUUUCACAGUUGAAUUAAUUCCACAGAACAACUGGUUGCAGAAUCAUAGCAACAUAAUUAUGAGUUGUGCUUCUGGCUCGAGACCGUUCAUCUAAAAAUAAUCACAGUGACUAUAUCUUGGGAAAACAAAGUCAUUCCCUAUUUUUGUGCUUCAGCUAUCUUGGUAGUCACUGGAAAAUGGAUUACAGGUAAAAUAACUGCAUGUUUUUAGGACACUGCUUGUUACUCUUACCUUCAGUGAGUUAAUUAAUGAAAUAAUUUAAAAACUUAUAGUCUCCAGGCAUUCUCUAAGGCAGGACUAUGACUUUGAAGAAAUCCUUUACCAUUACACAUCACACAAGCCUGCCUGUGCUCCUCCAGAGACAUAGCCCCACUACUCCUGGAAACCCAUUUUGUUUCUUCAAGGAGUAUGUUUUCUUUGUGCAGACAGGAGAAAAAUGCUGGACGUAGAGAUGUGGGGAGUAAGAGGAUGGACAUUAGACAGGGUUUUGCUCUUAUGCACAGGCUGAAGUGCAGUCGCUUAAUCUUGGCCCACUGCCGCCUCAACUUCCCAGGCUCAGAUGAUUCUCCCCCUUCAGCAUCCCGAGUAACUGGGACUACAGGACAAAGGCAGUCACUGUACCUCAAGGGCUAUGCUGACUCAUCUAAAGGACUCUACAACUGCAUUCUGGAGCAGAAGUUUCCUAGAGCUGAUGAUUGUGAGGAGAGCUUCAUGGGAUACAAUGAUGAGUGCUGUGGUGUUAAUCCCAAGGACAAUUCUUCAAGAAGAUCCUAAACAACAAACUCUGUCUCAGAAUCUGCUUCCCAGAAAAUCCAACCAGCGAUUUUUAAAGCUAUGCAAUGAACAAAUUCUGGGGGAGGGGCAUAUAUCCAUCAAGUAUUUUGUAUUGGAUGGCUUUAUUUUAUUUAGGUACCUGUGCAAAAUUUCUGGCAUUAUCAGGUUUUUUAAAAGUGGGUAUUUGUUAUUUGUGUCAUCAGAUAAAAAUACUAAAGCAGUUUUUAUUUCAAAAAAUAAAAAGUAAAUGGUUUGGUUUUAGUCUGUGUUGAAAAACACGCUCUUUGA